GCAUUGUGGAGGAUGAGUCAGGGACCGGGCACCCAGACUUGGGCAGGCGGGACAAGAGACCGAGGUCACCGCUCCAAACAGUGGCGGCCGGAGCGGAUUGGACAUGCAGACGUCUCGGAUGACUCCGAGCAUAGGGCGGCAGCUGCUGAGGUUGGGGAGUCGAAGCUUGCGGCCCAGUGUACUCCAGGGAACGCCCCGGCCUAGCACUGCUCAGCGACCCUAUGCCAGUGGAGCCGCCCAGGCUGUUCUGGACAAGUCAGAUUCCCUAUCCUCUGAUGCUUCCACUAGGGAAAAACAGACCAAGGCGGAAUCUAAGUCCUUUGCUGUGGGGAUGUUCAAAGGCCAGCUCACCACUGAUCAGGUGUUCCCAUACCCAUCCGUACUCAAUGAAGAGCAGACACAGUUUCUCAAAGAGCUGGUAGGGCCUGUGGCCCGUUUCUUCGAGGAGGUGAAUGAUCCUGCGAAGAAUGAUACUCUAGAGAGGGUGGAGGAAACUACUUUGCAGGGUCUCAAGGAGUUGGGGGCCUUUGGUCUGCAAGUGCCCAGUGAGCUGGGUGGUGUGGGCCUCUGCAACACCCAGUACGCUCGUUUGGCAGAGAUCGUGGGCAUGCAUGACCUUGGUGUGGGUGUUACCCUGGGGGCUCAUCAGAGCAUCGGUUUCAAAGGCAUCCUACUCUUUGGCACAAAGGCUCAGAAAGAAAAAUACCUCCCUAAAGUGGCAUCUGGGGAGACUUUGGCUGCUUUCUGUCUAACGGAGCCCUCAAGUGGAUCAGAUGCAGCUUCCAUCCGAAGCUCUGCUGUCCCCAGCCCCUGUGGAAAAUAUUAUACCCUAAAUGGAAGCAAGAUUUGGAUCAGUAAUGGGGGCCUGGCAGAUAUUUUCACAGUUUUUGCCAAGACACCAGUUACAGAUGCAGCCACAGGGGCUGUAAAGGAGAAGAUCACAGCUUUUGUGGUGGAGAGGAGCUUUGGAGGUGUAACCCAUGGACCCCCUGAAAAGAAGAUGGGCAUCAAAGCCUCAAACACAGCAGAGGUGUACUUUGAUGGAGUACAGGUGCCAUCGGAAAAUGUUCUGGGGGAGGUAGGGGGAGGCUUCAAGGUUGCUGUGCAUAUCCUCAACAAUGGAAGGUUUGGCAUGGCUGCAACCCUUGCAGGCACCAUGAAAGCCAUCAUUUCGAAGGCGGUGGAUCAUGCUGCUAAUCGUACCCAGUUUGGGGACAAAAUUCACAACUUUGGGCUGAUCCAGGAGAAGCUGGCCCGAAUGGCUAUGCUGCAGUAUGUGACUGAGUCCAUGGCUUACAUGCUGAGUGCCAACAUGGACCAGGGAUCCACAGACUUCCAGAUAGAGGCUGCCAUCAGCAAAAUCUUUGGCUCGGAAGCAGCCUGGAAAGUGACAGAUGAAUGCAUCCAAAUCAUGGGUGGCAUGGGCUUCAUGAAGGAGCCCGGGGUAGAGCGAGUGCUCCGAGAUAUUCGCAUCUUCCGGAUCUUUGAGGGGACAAACGACAUUCUUCGGCUCUUUGUGGCUCUGCAGGGCUGUAUGGACAAAGGAAAGGAACUUUCUGGGCUUAGCAGUGCCCUAAAGAAUCCUUUUGGGAAUGCUGGCCUUCUGCUAGGAGAGGCAGGAAAACAGCUGAGACGGCGGGCAGGGCUGGGAAGUGGCCUGAGUCUCAGUGGAGUGGUCCACCCAGAGCUGAGUCGGAGCGGUGAGCUGGCAGUGCAGGCUCUGGAGCAGUUUGCCACUGUGGUGGAAGCCAAGCUAAUAAAGCACAAGAAGGGGAUUGUCAAUGAGCAGUUUGUGCUGCAGCGUCUGGCAGAUGGGGCCAUUGACCUCUAUGCCAUGGUGGUGGUUCUCUCCAGGGCCUCAAGAUCCCUGAGUGAGGGCUACCCUACAGCCCAGCAUGAGAAAAUGCUCUGUGACAGCUGGUGUAUUGAGGCUGCAGCCCGGAUCCAAGAGAACAUGACUGCUCUGCUGUCUGACCCUCGGCAGCAAGAGCUCUUCCGUAACUUCAAAAGCAUCUCCAAGGCCUUGGUGGAGCGGGGUGGUGUAGUCACCAGCAAUCCCCUUGGAUUCUGAAUACUCCCAACCAGGACCUGGCCUGGUUAUGUGCCUUCUCUCAAGCCAAAGAGCAAGCCCCCUUCCUGGGGGCCUUGGUCUGCCAUGAAUAAGACCUUGUUUUUCCAGGACUGUGCCUGAUCUCAAAAGCACUUAACUGCUACAAAUAAUAAAAUUUCUAACAAUUCAG